AUGUGGGUAAAACCUUCAGAAGUUUCGGUUUCAGGACUUUGGUCAAUUGAUCGAGCUAAUCCGUAUUUUAUAUUGCAACGUCGUCGAGGUCAUGAUGAACGGCAUAGUGCACCUAAAGUAAUGUCACAAUUAAAACGUGAUUUUGAUGCUAAAUCUCGCAAUGAAGCAUAUCGAUGUCGUUUUCGUUUACCAUUAAGUGAACGUUUAGAUGGUGAAAUAGCAUGUCAUUUAUGGACACCAUAUAAUCGUUCAAGUAUAGCUGGUAAACUUUAUGUUUCAUCGAAUUUUGUAUGUUUUUCUAGUCGACUUUAUCGUCAAGUAAAUUUAAUCAUUCCAUUUCGUGAUAUAAUAAUUGUUGAAAGACAUUCAAAUAAUUCCAAUGUAUCAAAUUUUGAUAUUCAAGCAGCAAUAGUUAUAACAAUAAAACAUCAAGGUGGUCCGUUUAUUUUUUCAAAUUUUGUUGAUCGAUCAUUUAUUCUUGGUAAAUUAUCAACUUUAUUAUCAGAAUAUAAUGAAAAAAUCACAUCAAUUAAUGAUCUUCCAUCAAUAACUAUAUCUGCUCCACUUUAUUUACAAUUUAAUAAUAAUUUAACUGAAGAACAACAAGCACUUGAAAAUAUUCGAAAAGCUGCAUGGUAUACACAUUUUGCUACUCAUGGAAGAGGUUCAGCUAUGUAUCGAACAAGUGAAUUAUAUGAAUUAUUAUUUCAAGGAAUACCAAAUUCAUUACGAAAUGAAUUAUGGCUUUUAUUUAGUGGUGCUAUAUAUGAUAAAGAAGCAAAUGCGAAUAUUUAUAGAAAAUGUGUUUGUGAAUCAUCAAAUGUUAAAACUGAUCAAGAUACAAUAUAUGAAGAAAUUGAACGUGAUCUAUGUCGAGCAUUACCAGAUCAAAAAGCAUAUCAACAUGAAUCAGGCAUUAAUGCAUUAAGACGUUUAUUAAGAUCAUAUUCUCGUUAUAAUACAGAUGUUGGUUAUUGUCAAGCUAUGAAUAUAAUUGGUGGUGUACUUUUGCUUUAUAUGAAUGAAGAAGAUGCUUUUUGGACAUUAGGAGCAUUGUGUGAAAGACUUCUACCAGAUUAUUAUAAUACGAAAGUAGUUGGAGCAUUGAUAGAUCAAGGUGUAUUCAAUGAUUAUUGUAAAGAAUAUCUACUUGAUUUAUAUGAUAAAUUAAAACAUCUUGGUAUAGCUGCAUGUAUUAGUCUUUCUUGGUUUCUAACGCUAUUUGUUUGUGUUAUGCCAUUUGAAUCAGCAUUAUAUGUACUUGAUAUAUUUUUUUAUGAUGGUAUAAAAGUAUUAUUUCAAUUAGCAUUAACAAUCUUAAAUGAAAAUCGUGAACGUUUAUUAGAAUGUCAAGAUGAUGGUGAUGCAAUUUUAAUAUUAACAACAUAUUUUGAUCAAUUUAAUGAUAAUAAAAAUGAAAAUCAAGAAGAAAAAAAAAUUAUUUCUUUAAUUAAAAAAUCAUAUAAAAAUUUUAAUGGUGUCAAUGAAGAAGAUAUUAAUCGUUUACGUUUAAAACAUCGUUUAAAAGUUGUACAAAAUAUGCGUGAAUCAUUAUUACAAUCAGCUGCAAAAAAUACUGCAAAAUAUACAAAAUUUAAUGAACAAGAAAUAAAAAAUAUUUUUUAUAUUUUUAAAGACGUUUCACGUAUAUCAUUAACAGAAGCAAAUGAUCCAAAAAAACUUGCUUAUGAAACCUAUAGAAUUAAUCGAGAUGAAUAUUUAAUCUUGUGUAAAUAUUUAUCACCUUGGUUUAUUGGUGAACAACCAGAAAAUUUAGCGAAUAAAUUAUUCGAUUUAUUUAAUUUAAAUACUCAACCAAAUCAAAUUGAUUUUAUUCAUUUUAUUCGGUUAUGGAAUAUUUUAUGGAAUGAAGAUUUUAAAGAUAAAUUAAUUAUUUUAUUUCUUUCACAUUUAGAAGAUGAAAAUAAAAGAAAAGAAGGCUUUAAUAUCUUAUUAGGAUCAAUAUCGAUUCAUUUGCCAUCAGUAAUUAGUGAGAAUACAUCAAUCGAAUCAACUAAAGAACAAACGCCUUCAUUGUACAUAGAAAAUGGUGAAAUUACAUAUCUUAAACCUAGUCAAUUACCUCUGAUGAAUCAGAUGGAAUUUAUACAUCUUUGUAAAUCAAUAUAUAGUUUAAUGACUGGAGCCACUGAUGAUGAAGAUUUAUUUAAAGCAUUAACAACUUCAACUACACUCCUUUUAAAAAUGGGUGAAAUGUGUAAAUCUCCGCGUCAAGUAGAGACAAAUGAAACAGAAAAUGAAUGGACAAUUAGUUUUGAACAAUUUGAAGCUGCAAUGAAUGCUGAAAGUUGUCUAGUUACAUGGUUUGAAAAUAAUAAUAAUAAUAAUUUAUCACUGGAAAAACGUAUUGAUAAUUAUCAUAAAGAUAUUCAACGAUGA